UCAAUCUCUUCCUCAUCUUGAAGAGAAGCGUCUCAUUCUUUCUACUCUCCGCCUCCCUUCGCAAGGUUUCAUCUCUCAAGGCUCCGAUCACGAAUCAGGGAGCCAACCAUCCACUUUUGCCACCAUCUAAUACAUCGAAACACAUCAUCAUCAUCGACAUCAUGUCCAACCAGCUCGAGAAAUCUCUUGGGGACAUCCUCACCGAGAAGCGCAACCAGACUCGUCAGCGCCGACCGGUUCGCCGCGCCGCCGUCAAGGCCAAGCCCGCCCCCGUUGGCGGCGUCACGAAGAAGACCAAGGCUGCCAAAGCGGCCGAGAAGGCUAUUGUCUCUCUCACUGGGUCUGCUCAUGGAAGCAAGAUUCUUGUGAGCAAUCUCCCUCGCGACGUCGAGGAGAAGCAGAUCGAGGAAUUCUUUGGAAAGAAGGCUGGACCAACCAAGAGGGUUACUAUCGCCUAUGGCGCUGAUGGCAAGAGCCGUGGCACCGCCACCAUUAUCUUCCGACACGAGGAGACCGCUGCCAAGGCUGCGAAGGAACUCGACGGUCUCCGCAUUGACGGGAAGCCGAUCAGGAUUGAGGUUCUCCUCUCUCCCAAGUCCAUCCCAUCUCCCGCUGCCCCGAAGACCCUCGCGGAGCGCGCUUCCGGAAAACCCGGCGCAAAGCCCACUCCCAAGCCCGCGACCGCCAACAAGGCUGCCAAGGGCAAGAAGACUAGCCGCGGCCGCAAUGCUGGACGACCCAAGUCCAAGACGGCUGACGAGCUCGACGCCGAAAUGGCCGACUACUUCGACGCCAGCGCCGACACCAACAUGGCCAACGGCGCGGUCCAACCCGCCAGCGGGGGCGACACGGGCAUGACCGAUGAAAUCAUGUGAACGCACACGACACCGGAUCGAACUCUACUUCCUUCGAUCGAAAUACCACAUACACAUCGGAAACCGAUGGCAGGAGUUGACGGGGCAUCAGAAUAGGCAUUGAUUGAUUUGAUUCAUCGCAUUAGGGAACGAGAAUGUUCGUU